CAUGAUUUUUUAAAAACCAAGAUGGCAGCGUGGUUGAUCUGAAGGGUGUAACCAUAAAAACUGAAUCCUAUUUACGUGUACAGUUUCCAUAUGAACAAAGGAGUGAUGUUUUUUAUGUGGAUUUGAAAAGUAAUGAAAUUUUCAGUGGUGUAAUUGUAUACUUUUUUACUGGCGAAAUUUCGUGGAAAAAAACUUGCUGUAUUAAUUACAGUAAAUAAAUAACAUGAUAGAAAAGAAUGAAGAAAACACUGAAAAUGAUAACAAUAUUGUUAGGAUAAGGGUUAUAGCCGAUAAAAGAACAUUUUUAGAGAAACAAUUUCUUCAGGUUCAAGAAGAAAUUAAAAUAUGUUUUGCUCAACUGGCAGAGACAUUAUAUGCUAGAGAAAAACAACUUUUGCGACAAUCAGAAGCAAUUUAUAGGCAGCAGGUAUCUUUGGCAUUAUCUAGCCAAGAAAUUCUUCCUCCAUCUGUAGCAGUAUUAGAUGAAAAAAAUGCUCUUGAGGAGCAGAUUAAACAGUUCGGAAGAAUAGAACUUAUAGGAUCCAAUUCAACAGCAAUAACUAAUUUAGAACCAUAUAAAAUUCAGGAAUACCAAGAUAUUAGCAAAGAUCAUGUCUGCUUUGAUAAGUCUAUCAAAAAUACAGAAAUCAGUCCUUCUGAUACGAAAGCUGAAUUUUCUUCUACAACCGAAAAUAAAAAUAUGCAAAAUACUUCUUGCGGAUUGAGGACAUCUAGUGUAACAAACAUAAUAGGAAAUUCCAGCCAAAUUUUUGAUUUCCAAGAUAAAAAUUCUCAAGAAGAUCUUAACUGUUCCUCGAAAAUGGAUAUAGAGUUUCAAAAAAAUGAUUUCAACUUGCAAGUUCUUGAUACGGAUCAGCAAGAAAAUGGAAAAAGUUAUAAAAAUUCAGGAAGAAAUAUUAUGGAAGAACAACAUAAUUCUUAUGGACACACAGAACAAGUUCAACAAUGGUUGGAUCAAAUACUUCUAGAAACAGAAAUAGAACCAACCAUUCAUGAAGUGGAAAAGUUACCUGAAAUAUCAGAUACUUAUAUCUGCACAAAGCUUCCAUUAGAAACAUAAAAAUUGUACCUAACUAAACAAUUUACUCAACCCACCGUAUGAGUUUGUAUUCUGUAUUUAUUUUUAGUUUCUUCUAUGCUAGAAAAUACUUCUUUUUGGGGUCAUUCAUUCAUUGUACUUGAAUCAUUCAUUCUCAUAGUAUCUUUCUCUAUUUCAUUUAUUUAUUUGUACCUAUGGUAAUUAAUUAUGAACUGUUUCAUAGCUAAAGACCACAAGUACUAUUAUGGAUUAAGUAUAUCAUUGGUACUUUUAUUGGUACUAAGAAUCUACUAACUGUUAUAGCUUUUGAAUUUGUAAUUAUAAUUUUAAUAUUUUAAAACAAAAGUGUGACAGUUUAACUUAACUUUAUUUAUAUCAUAUGCAUAAAUAAUUAUAUUAUCAUUUAAAACGCAUUAUAUGCUAAGGUCAUAUCGGUUAUGUUACAAUAUUUUAAUAAUUAUUUUUAAUAA